AUGCUACUCCAAACCGCAGGCCUCGAACACGUCUACUUCCCCGAAGACCCAGCCUACACCCAACGAAUAGAUUCCUACUGGUCCCUCACCGCCCAACUCACGCCCUACUGCAUCGUCGAGCCCGAAACCGCCCCCGACGUCUCCCGCGCCGUAACAACGCUCGUCCACCGCACGGCCUGCAACUUCGCCGUCCGCAGCGGCGGGCACUCCGCCAACGCAGGCGCCAACAACAUUGACGCCGGCGUCACCAUCGACCUCCACCGCAUGAACUCAACCACCCACAACCCCGCCACCGCCACCGCCUCCCUCCUCCCCGGCGCCCGCUGGCUCGACGUCUACCAGCACCUGGACGCACUCAACCUAAGCGUGCAAGGCGGGCGCAACGGCGGCGUCGGCGUUGGUGGGCUCGUGCUGGGCGGCGGGUGUUCGUACUACAUGUACGCGCGUGGACUGGUCUGCGACAGCGUGCGGGGGUUCGAAGUCGUGCUGGCGAACGGCACUAUCAUCGAAGCCAACGCGCGGGGGGCGAACGCGGAUCUGUGGCGGGCGCUGAAGGGGGGUGGAGCGGGGAAUUUUGGGAUAGUGACGAGGGUGGAUAUGGAGGUGUUUCCGCGGACGCCGAUUUGGGUGGCGGCGAGGAGGUUUCCGGCGGGAUUGGAGGGCGUGGGGGAUAAGCAUGUGGAGGCGUUGGUGGAGUGGGUGGAUGGGGUGGCGGGGUAUCGGAAUGCGUCGGCGUUGGUGUUUUGGACGUAUAAGCCGGCGGAUAAUGGGACGGUUGUCAAUACCAGGUUGACUGAUGUUGGGGGGAGGGCGGCGCCGCCGGUGUUUGACAAGUUUUUGGCUAUCGAGGGGAAUAUUUCUUCGGAUGUCGGCAUGACCAAUUUGUCGACGUUGUCACCGAAUACAGUGUCGUAUGGUUAUCGGAAUAUCUGGCUUACCCUCACUUUCAAGAACGAUGCGCGGAUGCUCAAGAAAGUGGUUGAACUACACGAUGUUCUCGUUGAGGAAAUGAAGCAGGUAAUCCCCGAUGGCGACUUCGAGACACAGGCUUUCUUCCAGCCAUUGCCGACCAUCGUUAGCCAGCAUUCUAUUGAACGCGGUGGCAAUAUCCUAGGCAUAGACAAAAUCGAGGACAACGCUAUCAUUUGGCUAGGCUCUGUUGCAGUAAACACUGUUGAGCAAGAAGAAAUUGGUCGGCAAAAGAUAUAUGCAUGGAAAGAUGCCGUUGAAGAGUACAGCAAGAGUAUCGGCGCUUUCUUGAGCUAUCGCUACUGCAACUAUGCGGAGCAGUCACAAAGUGUGAUGAGAAGCUAUGGGGAAGAGAACUUCCGAAAGAUGCAGGUCGUUGCAGACAAGUACGAUCCAGAGCGUGUUUUCCAAACUCGGGUUCCAGUUGCUGAGAAGUGGGAGGUUAGAGCUGCUUCAUUUGUCGUGGUGCAGUGA